AUGGGGGCUAGGAGGAACGGAAGGCUGCAGUGGGGGGCUACUAAAUGAGAUCUUCUGCCUCAUGGCAGAUAUGCAGUGACACCGUGCAAAAGGAUCUUCUGCUUUACAGGCUGUGGUGUUCUUGUGUUCACCUGAUUUGUUGUGGUUUUGUAACAAGACGUCUCUUCAGGAUGGUUAGCUAUCAGUGCAAAGCCAAAUCUCUGCAAAACAUCCUCCCUGAAUUAAGGAUGAGACCUUCUUACCCACCGACUCAUAACGUCACAAGAGGAACCUGGAGCAGAAGUCAGAGGCAGAUGUUUUGGUCCCUCUUCGCGAGUAUUCUGUUCCUGGCAUCACCAUGCAAGGGUUUUUUUCCCACCCUCUGGUCCAAAGUCUUGAUUCUAUCCUGGGACUCGUACACACACCAGUACAUCACAGAACAGGCUAUCUGCAACGUUACCCUGGAGGUCCUGAGGGACACCACAAAACAGGAUGGUGUGCAGGGAGACAAAGAAAUCUGCCACGGCCUUGGCUUCUUGAGAGCUGUGAGAGACGUGGUGAACUCCAACGCAAACAUGGACUCUAAGAGCUCUUUCAAGCAUGACCCAGUCUACCACUUUGACUCAGAGCGAGUUGACAGCUCUAUUGCGAUGCUUCGGCAGAUCUGGACUCAGAUUGUUCUCUCGAUAAGAGCCAAAGAGUAUGAGAGCGCCCGUAACAGCUUGGGUCGGCUAUUCCAUUCCCUGCAGGAUUUCUAUAGCCAUAGUAACUGGGUGGAGAUGGGCCAAAGAUCAGUUUACCUGCACCUUCUGCAGCCAGAGGAGCCAGCCGUUCCAGUAGCUAAAGAAGAUACACCUACCUGUAAGGACUGCAUCACUGCUACCUGCAGACACAAUAUCCUACUAACCCAAACAAACAGUCAGAACACCCCCAACCUGCUCACCACCGGAUACACCAGCAGUUCCCCUUAUAAGCCUAAAGGCAAAUGCAGCCAUGGAGGGCUUUUAGACAAUAGUCAGCAUCUGAGUGCCAAAGGAGGGAUCAACAAAGACACCACCUCGCCAUUGUUCUCCCCUCACCAUUACCUCCAUGAGGAAGCUGCAGCUUUGGCUGCCAAAGCCACCCUGAUGGCGCUGAGAGAGGUCAAAGACACUGUGGGCCCCAAGGCCUUUCUCAAGCUCUUCAGUGUAAGGCAGGCCCCUGCAUUGGUGUUUGUCAUUGACACCACAGGCAGCAUGUUUGAGGAGAUCACCGCCGCUCGACUCAGGGCUCACUCCAUCAUCCAGCGCCGAGCCAACAGCGCCGAGCAGCCUGGCACCUUUCUACUUGUGCCCUUCCAUGACCCAGAAUUUGGACCAGUUUAUGAAGCUGAUGAUCCGAACCAGUUCAUGCAGCACCUGGAGAGCCUGGUGGCUCUGGGUGGAGGAGAUGAACCAGAGAUGUGUCUUUCUGCUGUUCAGCUGGCCCUUACUCACAGCCCACCUCUGUCUGAAAUCUUUGUGUUCACUGAUGCUUCCCCAAAAGAUGCUUAUCUGUUUGAUGCAGUGAAGGCGCUCGCUCUUGAGAAAAGGAGCAAGAUAACAUUUCUCCUCACUGAAGACCAGACACAGAGGAGUUGGAGGAGAAAGAGGAGCAGUAAGAAACCUCUGUCGCCCAAUCGUUUCUCUCUCUACUCCUCCCUGUCUGUCCUGUCAGGAGGAAUGGCUGUGUUCACCACCAACUCUGACAUUCACAAGGUCUCCACCAUAGUAGAGGACAACACUUCUGUUGACAAGGUAACCCUCUUCCAUGUAAAAAGUGAUCCAGAGUUAAUGUCUGCGCAUUCCUUCAGAGUUGACAGCUCAGUAAAAAAUGUCAUCCUACACAUCACGGGUACCAUGACUGAGUGCAUUCUCACCAGUCCGUCAGACCAAAGCCAGUCUAUACUGAGGGAGCGUGGCCAUCUAGCAGAGUUGCAGCAAUUUCAGGGCUUGUAUCGUGUCAAACUCUUGCCUCCUGUUCAGGCUGGUCAAUGGAAUCUGCAAGCCAAGAGUGACGAUCACCUAACCUUUAGUGUUAUAGGUGACAGCAGUGUAGACUUCCUGUAUUACUUCGCCACAGUGACUAAUGAGACACACCCAGGUCUGGCCAGAGUGGAGGGUAGUCCUGUGGCAGGUGCCCCAGCCUUUCUGGUGCUCGCUGUUACAGGCCAAGUCACAGCACAGGAGGGGUCAUUUCACGUGACACUGCUUGGAGCUGAAGGAGAGAGUCUUCAGCAGGUGAAGCUCAAUCACUCUUCCUCUUCUCCCUCCCAUGGCUCGGAGGAGCUAGUGGGCUUUGUGGACUACGUCCCCAUGGUUCCCUUCAGUGUUCGACUUACAGGCCUGGACAGCAGAGGGAACACACUGGAGAGGGUUUCCACGGAGAAGAUUCAGCCCACUCGUGUUCAGAUUGAGAUGGUGUUGACCCCCCACCUCGUACCAGGCCACCGUACAGUGGUGGACUUUGACAUCUUUAACCACGGCCCUGCUCGACUCUUUAAUCUAACUGCUGAUGAUGACUGUGGUUAUCUUCUGAUGAGGGGGCCACUAGGGUUGUUUGUUGAAGAACAAGGCUCUUUCCGUGGCCAGGUAUCCCUCCUCACUCCUGCUACAGCUCAUACUGGAGCGACUGUGACACUCACACUCACAGUGAACGCUCUUGACUCACUGGAAUCAAACUAUGCAGUCACAUUCUUAACUGUGGUCCCCCUGGAUACUGACAGGUCUCCACCUUCCUGCUCUGCUGCACGGGUCCAGUCUGACUGUCCUGCAGACUGCAGCAAGUCCAACUGGAGAGUGUUUCUGGUUGUGUCAGAUGAUGUCCACUCUGGCCUCGCUGCCCUUCAGAUACAGAAAGGUGACGGUAUUUUGACGAUUUUCCACAACCCGCCACCUACAGAGGAGAACAUUGGAGAGACCCUGCCUAUCUUUGAGCAUCAACACCUACACAAGAACAAAACAACCAGCAGAGACCAUCAGCAUCACCACCACUACAGAGCCAGAUUACAGACAGGAGACCCCCCACUGAAUGUGUCCGAGUGGGCACUGGGUUCAUCGCAGCCACUGUGGGUCAUGUACAUGUCCAGCUGCUGCUCAGCUCAGGCAGAAAUACUAGUGUGGGACAAAGCUGGAAACAUGAAGCGUUGCAUCCUAACAUCUGGCCAGCACAGGGUGCAAAGUGACGUGACCCCAGAAACCAGUGGGACUUGUAGGGCGUCACUUAAAGGUGUAAUUGUACUGCUAGUGGGCCUGCUGUGGUCUACACUGAUGUAGAUUUAUUUAAUUACAAAUGUUUUGCUGGUCAAAAUGAUCCUCAUACAACCUGUUUGAGGAAGUCUACUUAAUGUAUAUAAAUGCUGGUACUGCUUCAAAAUUAAGCAAGUACUCAUAAAAUGCACUAAAACACCAAAUAAUAUUUCACCGAAAGAGUUGAAAAAUUAAAAACAAACAAAGAAAUGGUAAAAGUCAUUUAUGGUCAAUUGUAAGGUAGCACUGAAAUGUUCACAGCAGGCAAAUGAAAAACUAUGAACAAAUAAUUAUAGCAUCAUCAACAUUUAUUGGCACCCCCGGUAAAGAUGUGUAAAAAACCUCCAGAUAUUGCAGCUGCAUAAUUUUGAUGAAUAAAACAGAAAGAUUCUCCAAUGAAA